GGACGCUUCAUCAGGGUCAUCACUCUAUCCUCAUCAAGUAUAGGGAAUCAAAUAGUGUCGUUCUAACAUGCCUACCACAGGUCGCUGCAACUGCUCCAGCAUCACCGUAACGCUGGAGCAACUUCCGUCCAAUUCUGCGCUCUGCUACUGCUCGAACUGCAAGCGCUCCGGAUCAGGUCUCUGCUCCAUAGUGUACAUAUUGGACCGUUCCGCCGUCACAGUCAACGAUCCCAAGGCGACUCUCAAAACCUACCAAGACAACGACACGAAGAGUGGCAAAACUAUACACCGCGCCUUCUGUAGCAAUUGUGGGAGUCCUAUAUAUUCCUCCACGGGACCGGAUGCGCCGAAGCUCAUUCUGAAGGGUGGCAUCUUCGACGAGUAUCCGGAGCCCAAUUUCGAGAACUUCCCGCAUGAAAGACCGAAAUGGUUGAAUCUGAAGGCUGGAUUGUGAGACACGUGCUCAAAAUAACUCUUUUUCCAAUUGGCAGAUUGAGCGCUGGCUCAGACGGCAUCUAUAUACGAGCAAGCGAAUUGAGGAUUCAGAAAAGAUAUCAUACAUUGUGUCAUAUGUCAUGGGCAUCUCAGUACCCUUCUACACCUCCUCUAUAUGUACUUGAUACCAAAGCUUACAGUCUCCACGGUAUCGUAAUCGCUCUCCUUCG